AUGUCUAAUGUCUUGGAAGGAUUAUUAAAUGGUAUAUCAAACAAUGAGAAUGAUCAUGGUGAAUUAGCAAUAUGUGUACAAAAUGCUUAUAAAAGUUAUGGUUAUUGGAAACGUGUAAAUGUGUUACAUGAUGUUAAUUUAAGUGUACCAAAAGGUUUCAUUUAUGGUUUAUUGGGUCCAAGUGGUUGUGGUAAAACAACGUUAUUACGAUGUCUUGUUGGUCGUUUACAAUUAAAUAAUGGUCAAAUAACGGUAUUAGGAGCAAUACCUGGUUCAAGAGGACAUGGUGUACCAGGUGCAAAAGUUGGAUUUAUGCCGCAAGAAACAGCAUUAUACAAAGAUUUCAAUAUUAGUGAAAUGUUACAUUAUUUUGGUCGUUUACAUAAUAUGAGUAGACAAGGAAUAUUAAAACAAGAAUCAUUUUUAUUAGGAUUUCUUGAUUUACCAUCUAAAACAAAAAAAAUUAAUCAAUUAAGCGGUGGUCAACAACGUCGUGUAUCAUUAGCGUGUGCGUUGUUACAACAACCAGAAUUAUUAAUAUUAGAUGAACCAACUGUAGGCGUUGAUCCUCUUCUUCGAGAAAAAAUUUGGAGUCAUUUAAUGUUUAUAUCAAAAACAAAUGGAACAACAAUUGUUAUUACAACACAUUAUAUUGAAGAAGCAAGAAAAGCAAAUAGAGUUGGUCUCAUGCGCAGUGGGAGAAUGUUGGCUGAAGAUGAACCAAUUGCUUUGUUAGCUAAAUACAAUCAAUCUAGCUUAGAGAAUGUUUUUCUCAAUUUAUGUGUCGAAGAUCAAAAUCGUGUUUUAUCUAAAUUAAAACGAAAUAGUAGUGCUCAUGAAGAUCUACAACAUCAACAAUUAGAAGCAACAACAAUGACAAAUACCGGUGCUCAUUCUUUGGCCGUUAAUGAUCAGAAUGGAACGGGUGUGGUCGAUCGAGAAAAUUAUUCAGCAAGUGUUUCACUCGAUCCAGAAAUGAUUGCAGAAGCGGCAUUAAACGAUCGAACAGCAAGGUCAGAAGGAGGUGAUACAGACAUAUUACCAAAUGGAAAAAUAUCAGCUGAACAAAUAAAACCCACACAAUUAGUUAAACGUCCAAUAUUGACUGCGAAGCGUGCGGCAGUUGACUGUUGUAUCUGCCCUCAUGCCCAUAAAAUUUGGGCAUUAAUGGUGAAAGAUUUAACAGUAAUCAAACGAAGUAUUGGAUUUUUAAUAUUUCAAUUUUUGAUACCGGUUAUACAAAUAUCAUUGUUUUGCCUUUGCAUUGGGCGUGAUCCACAGCGUAUUCCAGUGGCAUUAGUUAAUGAUGAAUCAUUUGCAAAUUAUCCAACAGGAAAUCGAAGUUUAUUAUUAUUAACUAAAAUUAAUACUGAUUAUAUACAGUUGCAUUCAUUUGAUGACAUGUUGUUAGCCACUGCGUAUGUUGAAAAGGGUGAUUACUAUGGUGUAAUGAAUAUAAGAAAAAAUUUUAGUCAAGCUAUUUUAGACAAAUUAACAAAAUUUAAAGCAGAUCCAGCAACAUUGGAUCAAAGUGCCGUUCAUCUUUUUCUGGAUAUGACAAAUCAACAAGUCACUUAUGUAAUGCAAAAUUCUAUAUUAACUGCAACGCAAUUAUUUAUGAAAGAAUUACUGAUACAAAAUAAAAUUGAUCCAAGAAUUGCAGAUCCACCUGUUAUUAUCGAAAAGCCAAUCUAUGGUGAUUUAACGCCUCGAUUUUUGAAUUUUGCUGCACCAGGAAUGAUGAUAUCUAUCAUAUUUUUUUUGGCCAUUGGUUUAACAGCAUUAAUAUUUGUUGUUGAAAAGAAAGAAGGUUUAUUAGAACGAAGUUGGAUUGCUGGUAUAAUAUAUUUUCUUUGUAAAAUAUCAACAAUGCAAAAAUGGAGAAGAUUUUAUCUAAUUUUUUUUGACAGAGUUCGAUAUUUGGUUUUAAAUUUUUUAAGUGAGAAAAAUUGA